GUGGACUUUGUGCAUACCUUUCAACCAAUUCUUCUUCUUUUGUAAGAUUUGAGAGAAGACUAGAGCCUCACAUUUCUCAUGAACUGUGGAAUUGUGUUGGGUUUCUAUUGUUGGGGUUGGGAGUUCUUAAUUUCCAAUCUUCUAUUCCCCCGGCCAGUGUAAGAACUCCCUCUUCCACCUCCCCAACUUUUAAGAACAAAGAGAGAAGGAUAAGCCAAUAUGGUUCAGGCCAUCUCUGAGGAAGAGGAACAUGAGCUUGAUAAGGGUCUAUUAGAAUAUGUUAGGAGAUCCUCCCCACCACCUUUCUUGUCCAAGACUUACAUGCUUAUCGAAGAUUCGAGCACCGACGACAUAAUCUCAUGGAAUACUGAUGGAACUUCUUUCAUAGUAUGGAAACCGGCUGAGUUCUCAAGUGAUCUCCUUCCUACUCUCUUCAAGCACUCCAAUUUCGCGAGCUUUGUUCGACAACUCAAUACUUAUGGAUUCAGGAAAGUCACGACGAACAGGUGGGAAUUCUGUAAUGACAAGUUUCGAAAGGAUUCGAAGGAUUUAUUAUGCGAAAUAAGGCGAAGAAAGGCAUGGACUAGUAAGGGACAUGUCACUGCACAAGCCCAAACUGCACCACUGGAGUCUGAUGAAGAACAAGGAUCAACAUCAUCAUUGUCAUCAGGUUACAACAGCCUCUGCAAUGAAAAUAAGAGACUGAAGAUUGAGAAUGGAGCCUUGAGUUCAGAGCUGGUGAGUAUGAAGAAGAAGUGCCAAGAGCUUCUUGAUUUGGUUGCUGUUUUCACUGGUCCAAAGAUUGAAAAAGAAGAAGAUAAAAGGCCUAAGCUGUUUGGAGUAAGAUUGGAGGUUCCAAUAGUGGAGGGGAAGAGAAAAAGGGUACAGAUUAAUGAGGGUCUUCAGAUUUUAUUAUCUCAAUCAUGAAAUAGUAAUUAGCCAUUUAUUAACAAGUGGCUUAAUUUAAGAUCUUAUGCCAAUUUCUAAUUGGGUGUUGCCAAUACAGAUAAUGGUAAAUUAAAAUGUCUGGCUUAAGCAUAUCUGUAAGUAUAUUCCAAAAGCAUUCAAUAUCAAUACUUAUUGGCUGUAUA